AUGGUGAUAUUUCUACCGUCCCACCGACCGAGAUCCGCCUCUUCGACCAGCAACAACACCGCCAAACUGUCUUCCACACUCUUACAACGCGGCGGCAUCAGCUUUGCCGACACGUCGCCGCCGCUCUGCGUGCAAUCCGCCGAGCGCAAGAUGAGCAACAACUUCAAGGAGAACCGCCGUCGGAGGCGGAGUAGCAGUCUGAUGUACCAGGAGCCACCGGAGAGUCUAGAACAGCAAAGCGACCAGGCAGUGCUACCCAAUUUGAACGCACAAUGGGUCAACGCCAAAGGAGCGUGGAUGAUCCACGCCAUUAUCAUUGUCCUCCUCAAGAUCGUGUACGACGUCAUCCCUUCGAUCAGCCAGGAGACCUCGUGGACUCUUGUCAACAUAACCUACAUGUGCGGCUCCUACCUGAUGUUCCACUACGUCCGAGGGAUACCCUUCGAGUUCAACGCGGGUGCCUACGAUAACCUCAACAUGUGGGAGCAGAUCGACAACGAGGAGCAAUACACACCGGCCAAGAAGUUCCUGCUGUCUGUUCCCAUAUGUCUGUUCCUGAUCAGCACGCACUACACGCAUUACGACUUGACGUACUUCACCAUCAACCUCCUUGCGACGUUGGCAGUUGUGAUACCCAAGCUUCCAGCGUUCCACCGCAUGAGAUUCGCACUCUUCAAUCCGGAGCCUCUGGAAAGGUAG